CUGUGGAUCCAUAAUGGUCGAUUUAUUGUCGGGAAACAAGCCCUCGUUGGAUCUCGGUCUUCCUAUGUUGACUCCGCGAGCCAUGCUUGGCUUCAGAUCUCUCCGCGCCCUUUUCGACUCCGCCGGCCUCCGCCGGCAUCUCUCCCCCCGGCAACAGCUCUCGGCCCGCCGACUCCACCGAGAGUCGUCGAUGGAUCGGAGAACGCAGGAGUCCGGUUUCAUUCACCCGACCGCUGUCAUUCAUCCGGAUGCGGUCAUUGGACAGGGUGUGUCGAUUGGUCCUUUCUGUACCGUUGACUCCGCCGUCAAGAUUGGUAAUGCUUGCCAAUUGCAAGCAGGGAGUCAUAUCAUGGGGGAGACCGAGAUAGGGGAUUCUUGCAUCAUUCAAACUGGUGCUAUUGUUGGAGCAGAUCUAGCAGGUCGAACAAUCAUUGGAAGUCAUAAUGUUAUCGGACAUCAUGCGGUAGUUGGUGCAAAGUGCCAAGACUUGAAAUAUAAGCAAGGGGAUGAAUGUUUCCUGCAUGUUGGUGAUCAGAAUGACAUCAGAGAGUAUUGUUCCAUUCAUCGUUCAUCUAAAUCUAGUGACAGAACGGUUAUUGGUGAUAACAACUUAAUCAUGGGAGCAUGUCAUAUUGCUCAUGACUGCAAAGUUGGUAACAAGAACAUAUUUGCUAAUAACACUCUCCUUGCAGGCCAUGUUGUGGUAGAAGAUUAUGCUCAUACUGCAGGGGCUAUUACUGUUCACCAAUUUUGUCACAUUGGAUCACACUCUUUCAUUGGUGGGGGGUCUGUGGUUACACAGGAUGUACCAAAAUUCAUGUUGGUUUCCGGCGAUAGAGCAGAGCUUCGUGGUUUAAACUUAGAGGGCCUUCGGCGGCAUGGAUUCUCAAAUACCGAGAUUCGAGGUCUGAGGAGAGCUUACCAAAAGAUAUUUAUGCCCAAUGAAUCAAACUCUGGGGGCUUGGAUGACAGGCUCGCAGAAGUGGAGCAAGACAAAGAAGUAGCUCACUUUUCUGCUGUGUCUUUUAUGGUGCAAUCCAUACGUGAAUCAUUUCAGCAAAAUCGUCGUGGAAUAUGCAAGUUCAGGAAUUGGAGUGCCUCCUGAAGAAUCGUGGCAGUGAGCUGUUUUUCUUUUGGAUGACUACCACCAAGAGGGGUAUGAUGACAGGAACUAUGCAAGAAAUAAUGAUCGUAAGCACUGCAAUCUUUCUCUUCCGGCUUGACUUCGGCUUUGCCUUGCAUGAAGUGGUAUCGAUACAAAUAUUUGGGUUGCCUUCGAUUCUAGCAUCACAAGGAUUUAAAUCUCUUAGAAAAAGAGGUGAUGGAUCUCAUGCACUUCCUCGAUGUCAAAAAAGAAAGGAGAGGAAACAAUUUCAUACAGGAAAUAGUUUGAUAAACAUUCCAGCUUUGCCUCAAAUUAUGGAUAUUCUUUCUUAGGGAUUUAAACCACAUAGUUUGAGACUU